AUGGCGGCGGUGAUCGCAGUCUCCUUGAGGCGCCGGUUCCCGGUAUCCACCCUUGGCGGAGCCUGCCUGCAGGCUUGCCGUGGGGCCCAGACAGCUGCAGCCACAACUCCCCGCAUCAAGAAAUUUGCCAUCUACCGAUGGGAUCCAGACAAGGCUGGGGAUAAACCUCACAUGCAGACUUUUGAAAUUGAUCUGAAUAAAUGUGGCCCUAUGGUACUGGAUGCUUUAAUCAAGAUAAAAAAUGAAAUGGAUGCUUCCUUGACCUUCCGAAGAUCAUGCAGAGAAGGUAUCUGUGGCUCUUGUGCAAUGAACAUCAAUGGAAACAACACUCUAGCUUGCACCCAAAAGAUUGACACCAACCUCAAUAAAGUCUCAAAAAUCUACCCCCUUCCACAUAUGUAUGUGAUAAAGGAUCUUGUUCCUGAUUUGAGCAACUUCUUUGCUCAGUACAAAUCCAUUGAACCUUAUUUGAAGAAAAAGGAUGAGUCCCAGAAAGGCAAGCCAUAUACACAGUCCUUAGAAGAUCGUGAGAAACUGGAUGGUCUGUACGAGUGCAUUCUCUGUGCCUGCUGCAGCACCAGCUGCCCCAGCUACUGGUGGAACGGAGACAAAUAUUUGGGACCGGCGGUUCUUAUGCAGGCUUAUCGCUGGAUGAUUGACUCCAGGGAUGACUUCAGGGCAGAGCGCCUGGCCAAGCUACAGGACCCGUUCUCUCUGUACCGCUGCCACACCAUCAUGAACUGCACCUUGACCUGUCCCAAGGGUCUAAAUCCAGGGAAAGCUAUUGCUGAAAUCAAGAAAAUGAUGGUAACCUAUACGGAGAAAAAGGCUUCAGCCUAACUGUUUCCGUGCUACUCAUAAGUCGUAACCAGCUCAGAGCUGAACAUAAUUCAUACCUAACUUGAGUUCCUUCAAGGUCUUGAUUUUCCAUGAAGAAAGCAUGUAUAAUAAAACAUUUUAAGAAACAAAUAAAUGUUAUUCUACUUUAUUAACAAAAAA